AUGAUCGCCAAGGUGCUGCUCCUCCUGGCCAUCACCGCCGCCGCCACCGGCCGAGGAAUUCGGUCUCUUGAGGUGUGUUUCUACCUGGGAGGUCAUGAGAAAGAUCCACCCUUAGGCUGCCACACGACUUUUCUAAAACAAGAUAUAUUUCCCUUGCAGGAGACUUACGGAUAUUCCUUCGAGAACUCUCACGAGUCCUAUGAGUCAUCGGAGCCCAAGUAUGAGUACAGCUACAAGGUGAAGGACAAGUACGGGAACGACUUCGGUCACGCCGAGAAGCGUGACGACGACUACACUGAUGGCUCGUACUACGUGCUCCUGCCCGACGGCCGCCUGCAGAAGGUGAAGUACUUCGUGGAUGGCCACUCCGGCUACAAGCCCGACGUCAGCUACGAGGGCGAGGCUCACUACGACUCCCGUGAGUCUGGCGAGUCAAGGUUUAGCUUUGGUUCCCAUGAGUCAGACGAGUCCAACUUUAAGUCAGGCAAGUCCAGUUUCGGCUCUGAUUCCCACGAAUCAGAUGAGUCCAGCUUCAAGUCAGGCAAGUCCAAUUUCGGCUCUGAUUCCGACGAAUCAGAUGAGUCCAGCUUCAGGUCAGGCAAGUCCAAUUUCGGCUCUUAUUCCGACGAAUCAGAUGAGUCCAGCUUCAGGUCAGGCAAGUCCAAUUUCGGCUCUGAUUCCGACGAAUCAGAUGAGUCCAGCUUCAGGUCAGGCAAGUCCAAUUUCGGCUCUGAUUCCCACGAAUCAGAUGAGUCCAGCUUCAAGUCAGGCAAGUCCAAUUUCGGCUCUUAUUCCGACGAAUCAGAUGAGUCCAGCUUCAGGUCAGGCAAGUCCAAUUUCGGCUCUGAUUCCGACGAAUCAGAUGAGUCCAGCUUCAGGUCAGGCAAGUCCAAUUUCGGCUCUGAUUCCGACGAAUCAGAUGAGUCCAGCUUCAGGUCAGGCAAGUCCAAUUUCGGCUCUGAUUCCCACGAAUCAGAUGAGUCCAGCUUCAAGUCAGGCAAGUCCAAUUUCGGCUCUUAUUCCCACGAAUCAGAUGAGUCCAGCUUCAGGUCAGGCAAGUCCAAUUUCGGCUCUUAUUCCCACGAAUCAGAUGAGUCCAGCUUCAGGUCAGGCAAGUCCAAUUUCGGCUCUGAUUCCGACGAAUCAGAUGAGUCCAGCUUCAGGUCAGGCAAGUCCAAUUUCGGCUCUGAUUCCCACGAAUCAGAUGAGUCCAGCUUCAAGUCAGGCAAGUAUGAGUUCGGCUUUGAUUCCUACGAGUCAGAUGAGUCCAGCUUCAAGUCUGGCUUCCGUGAGUCAGGAAAGUCAAAGUUCGGCUAUGAUUCCCACGAAUCAGAUGAGUCCAGCUUCAAGUCAAGCAAAUCAAAGUUCAGCUUCGGUUCCCAUGAGUCAGACGAGUCCAGCUUCAAGGCUGGCUUACGUCAGUCAAGUGAGUCAGAGUUUGGCUUUGGUUCCCAUGAGUUAGACGAAUCCAGCUUCAACUCCGGCAAAUCAAAGUCAGACGAGUCCAAGUACAGCUAUGAUUCCCCUGAGUCAGGGGAGUCAGUACUGAGCUUUGGCUUUCAUGAUUCAGAUGAGUCCAAGUACAGUGAGGAGUCCCAUGAGUCAGAUGAGUUCGGGAACAGCUCCUCUAAUGAGUCGGACGAAAUAAAGUUUAACUCUGGCCUCACAGACUCAGAUGAGUCAGUGUAUAACAGUGACUCCCAGGAGUCAAACGAGAGCAGAUAUUACUAAUACUCCGGUGAGUCAAGCGAGUCAGGGUUCACUUCAGGUUCUCACGAGUCGGAUGAGUCAGACUACAGCUAUGACUUCGAUGAGUCCGAUGAGUCAGGGUCUGUGUCUGUAUCCGCGUCCAGGGAGUCCUCGGGGCGGGACUCCUACUACUAGUUCCGCCGCGUGUCGCCGCGGGGAG